AUGGAGAACGAGAUUAACAUAAUCAAUGAAAGUGACACUUGGCAGCUUGUACCAAGGCCUGAAAAUGAGCAUGUUAUUGGAGUCAAAUGGGUAUAUAGGACUAAUUCAACUCUCAUGGUUCCAUUUUCUCAUUCAAAGCAAGGAGGGUGUAGUAAGGUGUACAAAGGGUGUCUGCCCGGCGGCAGAGAAUUGGCCGUGAAGAUUCUGAAAUCAUACAAGCAAGCUGUCAAUGAUUUCGCUUUGGAAGUUGACAUUCUCUCUUCACUUAAACAUCAAAACAUUUUGCCUCUUUUGGGUGUAUGCUGUGAAAAUGGACUCCUUAUCUCCGUCUACGACUUCUUUCCCACUGGGAGCUUGGAGGAAAACCUCCACGGUAAGGUAACAGGUGGAAGUGUAUUGCCAUGGGAGACGCGAUUCAAAGUGGGUGUAGCUAUUGCAGAGGCUCUAAACUAUUUGCACAAUCAAUACUCUGUGCCUGUUAUUCAUAGAGAUAUCAAAUCUUCCAACAUUCUUCUUUCUCAAGAUUCUUGCCCACAUUUAUCUGACUUUGGAUUUGCCAUAUGGGGACCUCAGACAUCCAUUGAUGAAGUGGUAGGAACAUUUGGGUACAUAGCUCCAGAGUAUUUUAUGCAUGGAAGGGUGAGUGACAGAAGUGAUAUAUACUCCUUUGGUGUUGUUCUUCUUGAGCUAUUAUCUGGAAGGAAACCAAUUUAUCACGAGGCAUCCAAGGGACAAGAGAGCUUGGUCAUGUGGGCAAAACCAUUAUUAGAUAGAGGGAACAUCGAAGAAUUGAUCAAAUGCAUAGAAUGGUUUUGGCUGCAACCCUCUGCAUCAACCAUUCUGCUCAAAAACGUCCAAAUGCAAACCAGAUAUUACACUUAUUAG